CUUACUAGUUUGGAGAGAGUUGAAGAUGACCUCGCAAGAGCUAGGGGGAAAUUCGGAAGGCAGCUCGAACACAUAAUUACACAUCUAAAAAAGUGGAAGAUUUCAUUCCUGGAGGAUCAAUUUACAUAAAUCCAUACGCUUUUCAUCAGAGCUAUAUUGAGAUGGAGAAGACAUUCAGGAUUUGGACAUAUAAAGAAGGUGAAGUGCCCAUGGUACAUGAUGGACCGCAUAGCACACUGUAUUCAAUAGAAGGCCAAUUUAUCGACGAAAUGGAGAGGGAUAACAACCGAUUUGCAUCUGGAAACAUGGAUGAAGCCCAUGCAUUCUUCCUUCCUUUCAGUGUAGCCAAUAUGGUUAGAUCUCUGUACGAACCUCCUUCUGGUAUCCGCGUUCCCUACAUUCAUGUGGUUGCAGAUUAUGUUCGGGUUGUAUCAGAGAAAUACCAUUAUUGGAACCGAAGCAGCGGGGGUGAUCAUUUUAUGGUUUCAUGCCAUGAUUGGGCACCUGCCAUAACAAGGGAAGCCCCUAAUGAAAUAUUCAAGAACGUUAUUAGGGUUCUUUGCAAUGCAAAUUCAACCGAAGGUUUUCAACCUAAAAGAGAUGUGUCUUUGCCAGAAAUCUACCUUGUAGCUAGAACUCUUGCUACUGCAACACAGUUUCGUAAAAAUGGAGAAAAUCAUCCAAUACUUGGUUUCUUUGCUGGUGGGGGUCAUGGAGCCAUAAGAAAGAUGCUAAUUGAGCAUUGGAAGGUCAAAGAUGAUGCAGUACAAGUUCAUGAAUAUCUUCCCAAGGGACAAGACUACGGUGAAUUAAUGGCUCAAAGCAAAUUUUGUUUGUGCCCAAGCGGAUAUGAAGUUGCAAGUCCCAGAGUUGUUGAGGCAAUUCAUGCAGGUUGCGUUCCGGUGAUUAUCUCUGAUCACUACGUUCUCCCAUUUGGUGAUGUACUUGAUUGGAGUGAGUUCUCGGUACAGAUUCCGGUUGAAAAAAUACCAGAGAUGAAAACAAUGCUAUCAUCGAUAUCAGAUGAGAAGUACCAUAGACUUCAAAAGAAUGUUAGGCUAGUAAAAAAACACUUCAUUAUCAAUCGUCCUGCGCGACGGUUUGAUGUUUUUCACAUGACCCUUCAUUCAAUUUGGCUUAGGCGUCUGAAUUUUCAUUUACCUGCUUGA